AGCUACAGAAAAAGGUUGCUUCAAAGUCUAUUAGUUACACCAGCAAGAUAUCCCAUUGUGACGUUUUGCAGUUACAUGAUAGGAUACCUCAUAUUCCUUGCAUUUGUAAUCAUGCGCAUAGCGUACUACAUUGCCGAGCCAAACCUCACGUGGAUCGAUUGGGUGAUCCUGUUGUACGUCGCAGCAAUGAUUGCAGAAGAGAUAUACCAAAUAUCUAACGAACAGACAUCGUACUUCAACAUCACUAAUGUUUUAGACAUAUCCAUCAUUCUCCUCUUCAGCUGCUUCUUUGUUUUAAGAAUAGUGGGAUCUCCAGCAAAAAAUUUGCUGAUGAUGCGCAUUUCAGAGCACGUAUUUGCUGUAGCAGCAGGAAUUUCUUUUCUGCGAGUUCUACAUUAUUCGCAAGUUAGCCGUAAACUCGGGCCGAUUCAAAUUUCCUUCAUAGAAAUAACAACAGAAGUUGUGUCAUUUGUCGUCAUUCUUGGAGUUAUAUUGGUUGCUUUCGCACUUGCUCUCUCUGGAUCCUACACUGCUGGCGUUCAUACGGCUGACUUCGAGAAAGGAAAUAUUUCUGUACCACACAAUUUUAAUGGGUUGUGGCCAUCUUUGGAACUGAUGUACUGGUCUUUGUAUGGUUAUGUAGCACAAUCUGAUCUUGCAGGCGAACACGAAGUACUUUGGCUAGAGAGAAAAAUGGGAGAAAUCAUGUUUGCGUUGUGGCUAUUAGUGUCUGCUAUUGUUCUUCUCAACAUGCUCAUCGCUUUGAUCGAUGCUGCUUUUGACAGAGUAAAGACUGAAAAUGGGGCUCUUGUAUGGAAUCUUGCAGUUACCAAUAUCAUUAGAAACAUAAAGCACUCACCGAGCUUCCCUCUUCCUGUCAACCUCGUUUAUCUAAUUCCCUUGUUCGCUAUGGGAUUUCUUGCCUCUCCUGUGCACAGACUGAAGCACUGUUGGCGGAAAGUAAAUUCAAUCAUCUUUUGA